AUGUUCUCUCGUUGCCACUUAGCAUCUCGCAUCUCUAAAAGUGCUUCGACUUCACUGCUUGACGGCGCCCCCGUGAAGAGCAUACCGAGAGCAACUAAGAAAAGGACAUGUUCAGUCAACUUCAACUCUGCAAGGCGUCAUUCAGACGUAGCCACCUCUUACAGAGCAGCUUCACCUACCCAAAACAUUGACAUCGAAUGGCCUUCAGAUUCAUGGGAUGACAUUUUCAACGAGUUGGACAAGGUUCCUCUCAAACCAAGGACGUCGUCUUUCUCUCCAAGGAGGCAUGAUUCUUUGUAUCCCUCCAGACCCGCACCCCGCCAUCCGUCACCUCACUUCCUGUCCCCACAACCAACUCAGCGUCAAACUCUGACCAAACGCGAGCAAGAUACCCUGUCAGAAAUGGUUGACUGGAUCCUUAAACCAGAGCCAGAGCCUUCAACAACAAACGAUACCCAGGCAUCUGAAUCCUCACAGGUAGCUCCCAGUAGCAAGGCUGACGAUCUCGUCAGCAGGCUUCGUCGGUUCUCCCGGAAAGCAAGAAUGUCCAUCAGCCCGUCGACAGAAUUGCUGGACAAGAAAAAGGAGGAAAUGAGCUUGUGUACAACUGAUCAGGAGCUUUUGUCCUGGGCCGCGAAAGAGGUUUUUGGUCAAUCGGCGGAGCUGGAAGAGCAGGCUAGCAUGGCGAUAGCAACUCAAUCAGGACACAUCGAGAGCUCACAUCUUCAAUCCCCCAUAUACCCUGAAAUGGUUGCACAUCUCAUGCAGACAUUCCGGGUACAGUUCGGGGAUCCCAACCUGGCGCUUUAUAUCUUUGACCACACCAAACGACUGUCGACCCUUUCCUUUGUCUUUGGGUGCUCUACAAAUGCCUACAACGAACUAUUAGAAACGCAGUGGCUUCUAUCCCGUGAUCUCAAUAUCAUCUAUAACUCUAUAGAAGAGAUGAUCAUAAAUGGGGUUGUGCCUAAUGCCAGGACGCGAAAACUCGUCGAUACAUUCCGCCGACAAGUCUCGGAGGAGAUAAGCAGUGAAACCCUCUUACAGAAGCGCAUGGAAUGCUUACUCAAAAUUGAACAUCUGCUAUCUCCACCUAAACAGCCUAAAGGGAAGGCAUUUGACGAGUGGAAGUCUGGUUUAGGCCAUUUGGAAGAAGGAGAGGAGGACUUCAAUGACUGGACACCAAAAAAGAUCACGCGGGAUCAACACAGCAACAGGAACAAAUUUCGGUCAAGGAUACUGGCACAUAACUGA